GGGCGCCCCGGGCCCCGAGGCGCUGAGGAGGCGGCGGCCGCUGUUCUCCGCGCUUCGCCUCUGCCGGCUUUCAGACGGGCGGCGGCGGCGGCGAGCUGAGCACCAAAGGGGUGCCCACCCCCCGGACGAACUGCAGCACCACCGCUCCCCGCGGCCGAGCGGGAUCCGCGCUGCGGCCGCCGCCGCGCCCCGACCCGAGCUGCCGCGAGAAGCGGCGGCGGCGGCGGCGUCCCCGGCCGGCCCGCGGCGACCCCCAGCCGCGUAUCCGCGCGCGGCUCGCGGCCCCGGCCAUGGAGCUGGGCGGGCCCGGAGCUCCGCAGAGCUGAGGCGGCGGCGCCCGCCCGCUUGCCCCUUGGGUCCACCCCCGCACCCGGCUCGGCGGCGUCUGGCCCUCAUGAUGAUGAAGAAAAAGAAGUUUAAGUUUAAGGUGGACUUCGAGCUCGAGGAGCUCUCCUCGGUGCCGUUCGUCAAUGGGGUCCUCUUCUGCAAGAUGCGGCUGCUGGACGGCGGCAGCUUCACCGCGGAGUCCUCCAGGGAGGUCGUGCAAGCAAACUGUGUUCGCUGGAGAAAGAAGUUCUCAUUUAUGUGCAAAAUGAGUGCAAGUGCCACCACAGGCAUCCUAGAUCCCUGUAUCUACAGAGUAUCUGUGAGAAAGGAAUUAAAAGGUGGAAAAGCCUAUGCAAAGCUGGGCUUUGCAGAUCUAAACCUGGCAGAGUUUGCUGGAUCUGGAAAUACCACUCGUCGCUGUUUACUGGAAGGCUAUGAUACCAAAAAUACAAGACAGGAUAAUUCCAUUCUUAAAGUUUUGAUCAGUAUGCAACUGAUGUCUGGUGACCCAUGCUUUAAAACGCCUCCUUCUACAUCGAUGUCUAUACCAGUUGCUGGUGAAUCUGAAUCUCUGGAAGAAGAUAGAAAAGGUGGAGAGACUCUCAAAGUCCAUCUUGGAAUAGCAGAUCUUUCAGCAAAGAGUGCCUCUGUUCCCGAUGAACUUGGUGCCUGUGGACAUUCCCGAACAUCGAGCCAUGCCAGCCAGCAGUCAAAAGUAUCAGGCUAUAGCACAUGUCACUCCCGGUCAUCCAGUUUCUCUGAGUUCUGCCACAGGAGAAAUACCUCAGUGGGUAGUACAUCAACAGGAAUUGAAAGUAUUCUAGAGCCGUGUGAUGAAAUUGAGCAAAAAAUAGUUGACCCAAAUCUUGAUUCAACCGAUAAAGAAGAUACAGCAUCAGAAAACUUCAACAGAUACCCAGUGAAACAAGAUUCUGUGGAAUCUCAACUGAAGCGAGUUGAUGCCACCAGAGUGGAUGCAGAUGAUAUUGUGGAGAAAAUAUUACAAAGUCAAGACUUCAGCCUAGAUUCCAGUGCAGAAGAAGAAGGACUGAGGUUAUUUGUCGGGCCUGGAGGAAGUACAACCUUUGGCAGUCAUCAUCUCCCAAAUAGGGUGGGGUCUGGAGCUUAUGAACAAGUUGUGAUCAAACGCUAAAAGUCAAACUGGUGAACUGAAGCUUCCCUGUGGAUUUAAGAUGUGGGCAAUUGAACUCUCAAGGCACUUUAUUCAAGCACUUAUGAGAAAAUGAACCUAUUAAGAAAAUGAAGCAUGUUCAUCUAUCAAGAGGAAAACCAACGCUGAUUUCUUCUCUGAAAGCGCUCACCACCAUCUCUUUGCUACCAACCAAAAGGGAACAUUUGAAUGGUAGUAUAAAGGCACUGUGCCCAGUGUGUGCUGUGGUGGCUGCACAAGAAAAUGAGAAGCCUGAUUUUUCUUUCAGAACAUCCCAGUGGAGAAAACAGCACUAUACAUGUAAUAAAGUUUUAGUAUUAAAGUGUAAAAUUUGUGAUGGAGAUGCUCAAUGGAUUUGAGUUCUAAUUAUCAUUUUUUUAAAAACUAUGUUUGAGAGUCAGUAAGUGAAUAUAAUUUAAACCAUAUAAAUUCUAUCAAAUUGUUGUAAUUCCUGUUAAGGAAAUCUUCCUUUACAACCUACAGUAUUGUAGGGUGUUCCUGCUUUGGGAAAGUAUUUUACCACAAGUUAAACAUGUAAAAUGCUUAGCAGUAAUUCCAAAUGUAUCAAUCAUGAAUCAAAUAAGUGUAGGGAAUGGUUGUAAUGUUAUUAUUAUGCAAUAUGUUUUGUUACUUGUAGUUUAUAUUAGAUGAGCUGCAGAACCUCCGCUAGCACUAGGUAAGAGAUUCAAAAUAAGUUUGAUAUUCAAUAUGUUAGGCUACCAUAAUGUAAGAAUAGUUUUAACUAAAAAUUAAGAACCACAAGAAGAAAAUUGUCAUCUAAUCAAAACAAGGCAGACUUUUCUAUGUAAAUUCAGACUUUUCUGAAACUGAAAAUUAUUCUGAGGUGGUAUUGGAGAGAAGACAGGAAGACAGUUUGGCAUUACUGACAUGUGGUGGUGGUUUUCUAUUUUAGCCCCCUGUGAUCAAAUAUUAUGCUUUCUUCUUUACUGUCCCAGAAGUUCAUUGUUUUAAGGCAAGAACACAAUAUAAAAUACUUCAAAUAUAGUUUUUAGAAUAAGAAUAGCUGAUCUAGACCAGCACAGCAGAUAAACUGUAGAGUUGUUCUGAUCUUAUGUAACCGUUUCCAUGCAGAAAGAGCUCAUCUUUCUUGGAAUCAGUCACUGAAGAAAAAUGUAGAUUCUACAUAACCAAUAAUUCUCAGUCCUUACUUUCACCAUGUCCAAGACAUGAAAUAUGUCAGAAUAGCAUUACUUUGGUCUUGGUAUUUUCAUGUUGGCAGGAUAAGGGGAAAAUUGUAUUGUUUUUAAGAAAAUAUUAUUUUAAUAUCCAAAUUUAAAGGUUUGGAAAAAUGUGAAUAGUUAUGUCAUGGGUUUUGUGUGUGUGUUUUUUUACUGUUUCAAGGAUUGGGUAUUCCACAUUGAUCCAGUACUGUUUUUACAAAUAGAUUCUGAGAUUUUAGAAUAUUUUGAAUGUCAAGAGAUAGGGUUUCUGGGCCAUUAAUUAUAUAGUUUCCUCUUACUUUUAUUAUUUGUUUUGAAGGAAAAAAUCACUGACCUGAACAGAUUAGUCUAACCAAGAAAAAUGUUGUCUUAAGUGGUGUAAAGACUUGCUAUCUGGCAAUAAACAAGAAGUAGACUGAUCCAUUCAUUAUGUACUAUGGGAAAAAAUCAGCGAAAGUUUUUAAUAGAGAUAUGAAGAUACUGUUUAAAGAGAUAUUAUGACAUUUUAAAAAACAUAUUUUUCUAUUUUACAAAUAUUAUUUCUACGGUAUAUAUUUUAUUGGUGAUUCUGCAAAUAAUUUUGCAGUUUUGAAAAUGAUAAUAAAAUCUAGAUUGUAAGCAAGGUUCAAUAAGGAUAUUCAUCAAACAUGUAAAAGGUGCUAUAAUCAGGGCAGGGCCCCUGCCUUACUUAUCCUUGGCUGCCCUUAGCCCAAUACCUUUGUGAAAGAUGACUGUCAGUAUUUAGAAUGGUUUCAGAAUUAUUUUUUAAAAACAAAAUAUGGAGAGAUUUUGAAAAGAGUAAAAAUUAUGCCUUCAUAAAUCAUUUUAGCAGUCACCAGAUAACAUCUUGAUUUAUGUAGUAGUAAGUAUAAAAAAUAUUUCAAUAAAUAAAAACAUUGAUUAGAAAGAAUAAAGAAUCAAUGGCUGUGCCCUCCAUAGUUAGUGAAAGUCUGUAGAUUCAUUUUAUUCUGUUUUGUGUUCCAUCAGCAUACUUUGCAAUCAAAUUUCAUUGCAGUCCUCCAUGAAAAUAUUUGUGUUAAAGAUUACCUGAGUGUCUGCCUUACUUUCUAGUUUUUCUUAGAGCAUGUACCCUUAAUAUCUUAACCAUGUAGUUAUUGAAAAAAAAAUGCUUAUUAAAAACCAACUCUACUUUUGAUUUGAUUUCACUUUGAGUUUAGAAAAUCAGAUUUGAAAAAUUAGAUCUUAAUAAAUUGAUUUUUAAAUAUUGAAGUCAAAUUUCAAAUCACCCAGUCUUGAAGAAUUUGCAGAUGUGUCCUACUUUCUUUUUCUAAUUCUAUCCUAGAGAAAAAAUGAUAAAUGACAUUUUAAAGCUAUAUAUUUGUGAUCAGAUAAAGAAGAGUCUUAAACACCACGUUUGGAAUAAUGUGGAGGCUAGGCAGGAGAGCCACUUGGUGUCACUUGAGCUGGUGUAACUUGACUGAGACCAGAGAGGAUGUGAAGGGUAGCCAAGAACAGAGAACAGUCUCUCAUGUUUGUAUUCUCUGGGCUAUCAGUCUACACUCUGACAGUUGAUGUCCCUUUUGGGGUGUUUUUGAAGACUUCUGUAUGCAAACAACGAAUGUGGAUCAUUUUUUGUGAUCUGAAAAAGUUGACCAAGAAUCCUGAAGUCCACCGUCCCAUUCCAGCAAAAUACCACCAGAGUAAUGAUAUCCAAACUGGGUUCUUCUGUAUGUUCUUUUUUUUUGCAUGAAAACUGUGAACCACAGAGGUCCACCACUUAGCCCAUAUGUUGCUAAAAGGAAAAACAAAACAAAAAAAAAACCUCCAACCAGUCUGCAGUCAAAACAUGUUUAAGUUCAGGCAGCAAUGAGUCUUUAUUAAAACAUUGAAAAAUAAUUUUAGACUUUCAGAUUUCCAUGCUAAUGAGACCACUUUGCAAGCUUACGCUGACAGUAUUAUUAAAUAUUUCACUGAAGUACCCUAAAGUUCAGGCUUCCAGUAUAUAUGACAAUGCUCUGAGAAACACACUGGGCUCAUAUGACAGGGCUGCAUUUUAUUUUCCUUACAAGUCUGUAACUUGGGAAAUUCAGAAAUUAUGUUUGGUCAGUUCUCUUAGAUGGUACGUCAAGUGAACAUAAUCAAGUACUGUAGUUGAAAUUGUGUUUUGCUGCUACUCAUGUUGGCUUAGGUACUAUACGUAAUUUUAAUAGCUGAGAUGUUAAAGAAUAUGAAGUCUAAUAUGAAUAAAGUAUGAAAUAUGCCUAUAUUAAGUUGUUAUAAUACUGCUCUGGAAGUAAAGGACCUAUAUAUGUGACUUUAUCAUAAGGUAAUAUAUACACAGUAUAUUUUAAAUGGUCAUGUGCUCUGUAGCUACUUCCUGUAUGACAAAGCUGGCAAGUUUUUUAAGUUACAUUGACAACACACUCUGCAUUUGCAAAUGUUUAUGUUUAUCUUAUGUAUAUAACCAAGAAAGUUUUCUUGCUGAUAUUCAUUGACCAAAUCCCACCUAGAGGAAGACAUUUAGGCUAUAUUCAGUUUGAUUGUUUUUUGGAAACACAUCUUGUAUGGGGGAUCUUCAUCUUAUAUUUGAUCCCAGAUAUUGAUACAGUAUAUGGAUAAUCAUACAACUGUAUAUGAAGAAUGUUAUUGAAGUGAUUCCAUUAGUAUUAUGUUCUAAUACUUGGAGAAUGACCUUCAUUUUUAUGUAUUUCAUUGUUUCAACUAUAUAAUGAUAAAUCCAGGAAAUGUUUUGUUUUUUGUUUUGUUACCAAAACUAAUUUUUUAUUGUAAAGUGUUUGUACUAAUGUAAAGGUAAAACCUAUAUAUGUUCAAUAAAAAUCGUAUCUUAAAA